AUCUUUAUAAGCUGAUAAUACCAAUAAUAAUAAUAAUAAUUGAAUGAUGUAAGAGUUACGCCUUUACCUUGAACCUUUCGUGUUUUCACUCUUCAAUCCAAGGACGACAACAGUUGUGACUGACUAGUUUCUUGCGUAAUUUGAAAAUUUUUAAAUCUUCUUUAUGUUACAAAUUGAACUGAACAACGAAACAAGUGAAGAAUUCACACAAUCUCUUCAUAGACUACAUAUAUUUAUUUGUUUAUCUUCCAGGGUUUAAUAGUUUAAACAUAAAAAAACAACAAUACAAGCUAAAGAAUGAAAAUAUUAUUAAAAUCAAAUUUAUUGGUUGCAAUACAAAACAAUGACAUUAAUCUCGCAGAAGGGCUGUUAACAAAGGGUGUAGAUCCAGAUACUAGAUUUUAUGUAGAUUCUCAAGAGAAACCAGCAAUAUGUUUGUGUGUUGAAAGAGGCCAUGUUGAAAUGGUGAGAUUGCUCAUAAAAUGGGGAUGUAGCAUCAACCAGUUUGAUGCAUCUGGACAUACUCCACUUCAUUUAGCUGCAAUUUUUAGAUAUGAAAGUAUUACUGAAAUAUUAUUGCAGAAUAGAGCAAAUGUUAAAGCACUUUCAAAUUCUGGUCAAACUGCUCUACAUUUAGCAAGGGAACUAGCUGUUGUGAAGAUGUUAGUUGCAGCUGGAAGUGAUAUCAACAAACAAGAUCAAGAUGGUCGUACAGCUUUGAUAUUAGCAUGUAUGGAGGGAAAAACAUCCAUUGUUAAAUUCCUUAUUCAAAAGGGAGCAGAUGUUAACAUUACAGAUAUAUAUGGGAAUUCUCCUUUACUCCAUGCCUCCAAUUGUCUUUCUUCAGAUCCUACAAUCAUCUCAGUUCUCCUCCGAAAUGGAGCCAAAGUGAACCAUCAAAAUAAUAUUGGAGAAAAUGCAUUACUGAUUGCAGUUAAGCACUGUCAUUUUUACCAAUGUAAUGAAAUUGUUGAAAUAUUAUUGAAAAAUGGAUGUGAAUUGAAUGUCAACACUUGGUUGGGUCAGUCACCUCUUCAUCUGGCAAUAAAUGGAAACGAUGAUUGUUUGGUUGAGUUAUUAAUUAGAUUUGGAUGCAAUCCCAAUGUUCGAGAUGCUCUGGGUUUAACACCUCUAUACUAUUUAGCAAAAGAUGGAAAAACGAAUUUAAUUUUCCUCCUCCUUGCAUCAGGACUCAAUAUGCAAAAUGAGACAUGGGUUAAGGACGAAUUAUUUAUUCGAGAAAUUAGAAGUGAAUUCAGAGACUGGUUAAUAACAAAGUCUAGAGAAUUUCCACCUCUGAAAAAUCUUUGUAGGACUGCCAUUCGUAAAUAUUUGGGAGUAAGAGCAGAAGACAUAAUUAAUCAGCUUCCUUUACCUAAUCCAAUCACUGAAUUCUUGAAUUUAGCAUAUUAGAAAAUUAUGCAUUUAUUUUAUUUUAUUUUUUUUUUAAACAAAAUUUACAAGAUUGCUAAUAUUACAUCUCAGCAGAAUUUAAACAUAAUUGCAAAAAUGGUAUGAAUAUAGAGAUCAUUAUUAAAUAUUUUAAAAAUAAAAGUAUUUUAAUAUUAAGAUCUGAAUAUAUUGCAAUACUUAUACUCAAUUUUAUUUUGAAAUUUAACUAUAUAACUGUAUAAAAUAUACAGUAACAAUAGUCUAUAGAUUUGUUUUUCCAUUUACUCUUUAAGUAAUACAAAAGAAAUCUCUUAUUUUAAGUUUUAAAAUUUCAUUUCAUUGUUAUUGCUAUUAUGAAUAUCAAAAUCAUCCAGAAUUUUCUAUGUUGUAUGUGAUAAACUACUGUUAUUAAUUUAACAGACAUAAAUUAUCACUUUUCUUAUGUGUGUAACAGUUUAAAAUUGUUCUGUGAUUAUAUUUCAAAUUGUUAUAAUUAUACUAUAUAGAUUAUAAAUCAAUGGCUAGUUAAUGAAUUGAAAAAUUGGUUUUAUAGAUAUGAUAUUACUUUGAAUUGAAGAUGACUCCAUUUUCAGUUUGAAAAUGUGCAGAAAAACAGUAACUUAAGUUCAAAGUAAUACAGUAUAUGAAUUUUGUAAGAAGUUCCAUAAUGAAUGUGAUGCUAAGAGAGCAUAAUUUAUAUGUUAACUUUUACUGUUUUAAACAUUAAAGCUUUCCCAAAUGUUUUAAGUGUUGAGAAUAAAAUCAAAAUACUGUGAAACAGUAAUGCAUAACAAAAUGAAUAGUGUCUUUCAAAUUAAAAAAAAAACAUAUUGAUAUGGUAUCAAAAAUAUUUAUGUAAUUUAUAUUAUAAUUGCAAAAGAAAUGCUUAUUAUUGAUCAUUAAAAUGUCAAUAUUUUUUAAAAUUAUUGUAUUUUUUAUUAUAUCAUUUUUCCUAGAACAUUUACUUUAAACUUUUAAUAUCCAAGGAACCUUCAUGCCUGAGUGUUAUUUUUUCAGAAUCCUAAGCAAUAAAGUACCAAAAUAAAUAACAUACAAAAAAGACAUUAAUGCUGUUUUUAUUAUCUAAGUCAGUGGUUUCCAACUGGCAUACCAUGAAAAAGGUGAUUAGUUAGUCUUUUACAAUGCAAUUGGCUUGUUCACCCAAUCUUGUACCUUAUGACUUCUGUUUAAGAGGCUAUUUGAAAAACGCAGGUUAUAGAAAGUUGUAAAUUCAUCAGAACUAAAGAGGAGAAUUAAAUUUCAUUAGUCCUAACAUCUUGCACUUGGCUGUUGCUAAUGUGAUAACUCAAUUGCAGUGUGUGACUAAAAGUGACAGAAAGCAUUUUUCACAGUUUCUACAAUACUGCUGUGACACUGGUACUGUAUCAUUAUAACUUUUGUUACUGGGAAUCUAUAUCUAUUUUUGAAACUCUGUCCAUAGUCUUACUGAUAAAUUGAGAUAGAUUGAUAAAAUUUUGUAGGCACAUUUAUCUCUUAACAAUUGUCUCCAUAAAGGUCUAAAGUGGGAUACUUUAACUAUAGACACCCUGUAUAUUUCAGAAGUUUGCCACUGUUCUGAAUAAUAAUGUCUUUCAUAAUUAGAUAAGUACAGUUUAGAAUUUUUUUUUCAAUGUUUUUAAUGAAAAUAAAAAUUUAAUAUAAAUAUUUUUAAGCUUACAAAAACCAUUGUUAAUAAGCAUUUUGGUACCUCUAAAGUUGGGCUGAGAGGCCAGAAUGUACUGAUUUGCUUUUUGUUUUUAAUCUCCAGUUAAGUAAAGGGAGGUUACAUGUUAUGAUAGUUAAAUAAAUUAAUUAUUUGUUACACAAAUUGAUGGAAAUACAGUGAAAUAAACAUUUUGAAGAAAUAAAACUGAUUCUACAAUUCUAAAAAUUCAGAAUAUUUGAUUUCAGGACAGAAUGGUAAGCACUUGUAUUAAAGUAAUAUGCCAUAUAUAUAUAAAGUUUCAUUAUGUGUAUUUCUUGUUAUAUAUAUAAUUUAUUUUUCAUUUUAAAUGUGCAUUAAUUUUAUUUUACAGGCAGGGGUAUAUUAGGUCUUUUCCAUGAUACACAUUUAUGUUCGUAUAUUGAACAUUUGUAAUAUUUCAAUUAUUCAUUUUUAUUACUACUAAAUAGAAAAUGCUUUAUGACUUGAAAUACAAAAAAUGAUGUUAUACUUUCAAAUAAUAACUGUUCAUCAUCAGAAAUACAGUUCUGUUAUUGUGAAAGCAAAGGAUACAAAUUAAAAAACAAAAAAUAGAAUAGAAAUCCCUACAGCAAUUACAAUGUUUUACACUAAAGAUGUUAACAAAUAAUUUUUGUUAAACAAAAGUAUUAUUAUUAACAAAAUCAAUCAUAUUUUAUUUCCCUAUCACCUUAUAUACUAAUUAUUUCAAUGCAGUUGGGACAUUCUAUGCAUUACUCUGAUUCACCACUAAUGAUUCCAAGGUUUAUUUG